AUGCUUUUAGUACAAGCUUUUCUUCUAACUAUAUUUUGUAUUCCACAAGCCAUACAAAAAUUUUAUAUUACUUUUCGACCGUUUAAUACAAUUAGUAAAACUGAAGAUGCGAUUGUUCUUUUUUUAUAUAAUAUUGAAGUACUUCUUGCUUUUAUUGCUAGUGGUAUGCCAUUUUAUUUGUAUACAUUAACUGGUGGAACUGUUUUUCGAAAAGCAUCAAGAGACUUAAUGAGAAAAAUGCAUCGAUCAAUGAAAUGUUCAUCAUAG